AUGUCUGUCACUGUCACCUUCACUUCAAGACCCGUAACUCGUGACCUCCAGUCUCUCAAGUACAAAUUCCUUGUCACUUCAGGAACCAAAAUCACUGCUAAUGACACCAAGUCUGCCAUGUCAGCGUCAAAUUAUGUUCUGACAGUGCACGUAUAUCACCGCAACCAGGCACUCCUACGAGUGAGAGCAUUGGUGCUUAAUAGAGCGCCUUCUAGGGCUCACGGGUAUAUAGUGGAGCAUACUGGUAUAAGAGCAGAGCAUAGUGUAGAGCAUGAUGGUGUAAGAGCAGAGCAUGGUGGUGUAAGAGCAGAGCAUGAUGGUGUAAGAGAAGAGCAUGAUGGUGUAAGAGCAGAGCAUGAUGGUGUAAGAGCAGAGCAUGAUGGUGUAAGAGCAGAGCAUGAUGGUGUUAGAGCAGAGCAUGAUGGUAUAAGAGCAGAGCAUGAUGGUAUAAGAGCAGAGCAUGAUGGUGUUAGAGAAGAGCACGAUGGUGUAAGAGCAGAGCAUGAUGGUGUAAGAGCAGAGCAUGAUGGUGUUAGAGAAGAGCAUACUGGUGUAAGAGAAGAGCAUAAAAGAGCAUAA